GAUUGCAAAAUCCCUUCACAGUUUCAAAGCAGGGGAAUCGUCCACCCUGCAAAGACAGGGUCCAGAGAUGUCUCCUGGAAAGUGGCUACCGCUUUGGCUAACAUGGAUGGGGGCUUUGGUAGCCCUGAGCCAUCAAACUCCAAGGCUGCUGAUGGUCUCUCCCAGUGUGGUGACCGUAGGAGCAGAGGUGGGGGUUGUGCUUCAGGUGGAGGGCUCCUCUCACGGACUCUCGGGGACCCUAUAUUUCCGGAAUGAGAAUAAUGGGAGGCUGUGUUCUCGAGAGGUCCCGUUCAACCUUCCAUCAGAUGGCUCUGCAAGAAAGUUUUCACUGACGGUGACCCCCCAGCUCUUGUCCCAAUGUGGGGUAAAGCAACAACGAAGGGACCGCUACAUCCAACUAGUUGCCCGCAGUGAGCAGCUGCCCGGCCAUAAUGGUGUCCAGAGCCUGAAUCUCCGCUGGAGCUCCCGUCGAGGCUACCUUUUGGUGCAGACGGACAAGCCCAUAUAUACCCCAAAGCAAAGGGUGAAUUUCCGAGUCUUUGUUCUGGAUCACAAACUGCGGCCAAGCGUUGAACCUGUUACUAUCAUUAUUCAGAACCCACGGGGUCUCCAGGUGCGGAAGGUGGACCGUAUGCCACAAAAUUUUGUGAUCAAAGAUCACCUGUCAAUUCCUGACAUCUCGGAGCCCGGCACCUGGCGUAUCACAGCCCAUUUUUUGCAGACUCCAGAUUCCAAUACGACAACAGAGUUUGAGGUGAAAAAAUAUGUGCUCCCCCAUUUUGAGGUGACGAUUGUUCCAGAACGGAAGUAUAUCCUGAUCUCAGGGGACAAGGAUUUGCAAAUUGAGCUUCAGGCUAAAUUUUUCUAUGGAAAAGGUGUUGAAGGCACAGCUUACUUAAGGUUUGGUGUGAGUGAUGAAAAUGGUGAAAAAAUGUACAUACCCGGACUGGAACAACAGGUCAAGGUAACAGAUGGCCUUGGGAGCUUAACCCUAAAACGCAGCCUUCUCGCCGAAAAGCUGGGGCGCCCUCUGCAGGAUCUGGUUGGAACUUCUCUCUACAUUGCCGCCAUGGUCAUUGAGUCCGCAAGUGGCGAGUUGGAAGAACAGGAGCUCUCUUCAGUUAAAUUUGUGUCAUCUCCAUAUUCAGUGGACUUGUCCAAAACCAAGCACUAUUUUAUUCCCGGUGACCCCUUCGAAGUGCAAGCAACAGUUACACUUCCAGAUGGAUCACCAGCUCUCCACCUCCCAGUUCGCUUCUCAACCCAGCUAACUGGAGCCCAAGUUCCAGACGGUGCCAAUGCUAACAUCAAGAGUAACGACCGUGGGAUCGUCAAGCACAUCAUCAACACUCCGUCCAAAGCGACCUCCAUCACUGUCACGCUAACAGCAGGGGGGGAAUCUCCAGCAGAAGUCACUGUGACGGCCAAAGCCAUGAAUUCCCCAAAUGGGAAUUACUUGACCAUUAUAAGCCAAAGCCACCAAGUAGUGAGCCCAGGAAACUCCUUCACACUAAAUCUGAAAUAUGUUGGAUCGUCUGCCUUCUCCAACUUCUAUUAUAUGAUUUUGAACAAAGGGGACAUCGUGUCUGUAAACCAAGUGGCCCGUUCCUCCUUCACCGCCGUCCCCAUUCGCAUCACACCCAGCUUGAUGCCGGCAUUUCGCUUCGUGGCCUUCUACCGUCUCGGGGAUGAGGUUGUGGCAAACUCCGUCUGGGUGGAUGUUGAGGAUCACUGCGAGGGAAAACUGGAGCUCCGCAUAUCAGAACCUAGAAGCGAGUGGCAGCCUCAGGGCCGUGUGCCGCUCACCAUAACCACUGACACGCGAUCUGUCGUGUCUCUUUCUGCCACCGAUUCUGCCAUUUAUGCUCUCAGCCGGAAGAACCGCCUCACCCAGGGCAAGGUUUUCCAAGCCAUGGGAAGUUAUGAUCUUGGCUGCACUGCUGGGAGCGGAGAAAAUUCACUUGGUGUUUUUGCAGAUGCUGGGCUCUCCCUCCGUAUUGGUGACUUCCAGAGCCCCCUCCGGAAAGCACAUGGAUGCAGUGAGAAUGUUUCCCGGAAGAAGCGUUCAUUGCCGCUCCAGAUUGCGUUCCAGAAGACGGUUUCCAAGUACACUGAUCCCAAAGAUCAAAAGUGCUGUCGAGGUGGGAUGGAGCUGCUUCGCCAAGCGCGGUCAUGUGAGGACCGGGCAAAACGGAUCCGAGGAGAGAAUGCUGGGCAGUGUCGCAAAGUCUUCCUUGAGUGCUGCAAGCACGCCUCCAAGCUACGCCGCCAGUCCUGGGGAUCUCACCACCUUGGGCGGGUCCUGGAAGAUGAGGACGAGGAUUUCUUUGACGAUGGGUAUGUUGAAGUCCGAAGUUACUUCCCCGAGAGCUGGCUCUGGAAAACAUAUACUGUAGACAAGACACAUACGGAACAAUUAACUCUCCCUGAUUCCAUCACUACCUGGGAGAUACAGGCAGUCAGCAUGUCUUCUGAAACAGGAAUCUGUAUCUCAGAACCCCUUCAGAUUAGAGUCUUCCAGAAUUUCCACAUCUCUCUAAGGCUUCCGUACUCGGUGAAACGGUUUGAGCAGAUAGAGCUUCGCCCAGUUCUGUACAACUACAACUCUCAGCAAGUCAAUGCCUUGGUUUAUCUGGAGCCGGCCGAGGGCAUCUGCUCUCCAGCCACGGUGGGCCCCGAGCGGAAGCAGCGAGUGGUGGUUCCUGGGAACUCGGCCGUCCCCGUGCCCUUCGUCUUGGUGCCCAUGGGAGCGAGCGAUAUCCCCAUCACUGUGGUCGCCCUCGGUGGCUUUGGAGCAGGAGACAAAGUUUCCAAGAAACUACGGGUUGAGAGAGAGGGAGCUGUCCAACUGGAAGAAUAUACCAUUGCCCUGGACAACCAAGACAGACGCUCCGAAUCUGUGGAGAUUUCAGGCGACAUGCCCUCCAAUGCCAUUCCUGAUGGAGACUUCAAGAUGAGUGUUCUCUUGACAGGAUCGGUGCCAACUGACACCUUGCAAAGUUCUCUGACCCCAGAAGGCCUGACGUCUCUGCUGCGAGUUCCACGAGGAUGUGGAGAACAAACAAUGGUCUUGUUAGCCCCUGGAGUCUAUGCAAUGCACUACCUGGACAAGACGGAGCAAUGGCUGCACCUGAAAGCAGACAGCAAGGAAAAGGCACUGGAAAACCUCCGCAUAGGCUAUGAGCGAAUGUUCAUCUUCCGGAAGAAGGAUGGCUCGUAUGGAGCUUGGCCGGACGAUCCCAGCGGUACAUGGCUGACAGCCUUUGUGGUCAAGGUUUUAUCACUGAGCCGUGACUACCAGGGUGUGGAUGAAGUGAAGCUCCUUGAGUCGGUGCAAUGGCUCCUGGGAAAACAAAAGUCCGACGGCUCCUUCCAAGAUCCCCAUCCUGUCUAUCACCGAGAGAUGCAGGGAGGUGUUGGCGGACUUCACGGGGGAAUUUCCCUUACUGCAUUCGUUGCCAUUGCACUUAAGCAGGCCUUGGCUGUGUAUGAAGGGAAACCCAUGCUUGAUGCAGCCCUGAAAACCCAGCUGAACCAAGUGAACUUAAGCCUGGCUCAAGCCACCUCCUACCUUGCCACCUCGCUGAACGAUCAAUCGCUGGGCCCUUACCCUGUUGCCAUCGCCAGCUAUGCCCUUGCGCUUGCUUCUGAUGACCAGUCGGCCAUUACUACUGCGGGUGUCCUCUUGAUGGAACGUGCUACUGAAGAUCAAAACAAAACCAUAAUGUUCUGGGCAGUGGAAGAGAAGGACCGCUUGCAAGGAGAAAUAAACUCCCGCCGAGUCCCAGCUGCUUCAGCCAUCACAGUGGAAGCCACAGCCUAUGCCCUCCUCUACUUGGUGAAGCGGAAAGAUGAUCCAAGGGCCAGCAAAGUGGCUCGGUGGCUGACGGAGCAGAGGAACUAUGGCGGAGGCUUCAGAUCAACUCAGGAUACUGUGGUAGCACUGGAAGCCUUGUCUUGUUACUGGAUCAGCACCUUCAAAGAGGAUGAUAAUGAACUGAAGGUGACCCUCAACAUCCCAGGCAGACGUUUGCCGAUAUUUCUUUCAUUUGGAAGGUCCGAUGAUCCAGUCCAGGAAGAACUGCAGUUUUCCUUGGGAACCAACAUCAAUGUAAAGGUGGAAGGGAAAGGAAAGGGGACUUUAACUGUCCUCAAGCAAUUUAACAUCUUAACUAUGCAGAACACUUCAUGCCAAACCCUCGGGUUGGAAGUGACCCUGAGCGGGUCUGUUCAGCGUCAACCUGAUGCUUAUGAUUACUAUUAUGAAUAUGAAGAUGAGGCUGAAACAUCAUCACAGCCUGCUGACCAGCCAUUAUCGCCCAUUGAGUUGUUUGAUGCCCGCCGCCGCCGGAAGAGACAGGCCAAAGAGCCUGGACAGCCACAACGGGAUGUCACCUACAAUGUCUGCUUCUGGAGACAACCAGGGGCACAUGUCACUGGCAUGGUCAUUGUGGACAUCACCCUGCUUAGUGGAUUCCAACCUGAUGAAGGGGACCUUAACCAGCUACGCGAUGUCCCAGAUCGAUACAUCAGCCAUUGGGAGCUUCAAGGACGACGGCUGAUGCUGUAUAUCGACUCGGUGCCCGAAUCAGAACGUGAAUGCUUAGCAUUUAAAGCCAAGCAGACAGUACCGGUUGGGAAGCUCCAGCCGGCCAGUGCCACCAUCUAUGAUUUUUAUGAACCAGAUCAGCGCUGCAACAUCUUCUAUGGUGCUCCCAACAAACCUCAGUAUGUCUCUGCCUUAUGCUCCGAUGACGUCUGCCAAUGUGCUGAAGGAGCCUGUCCACGCUUGAAGCAUACCAUUGAGGAUGGCAUUACAGAAGAUACUCGCAUGGAGUUUGCAUGCUACAGUCCUCGGGUGCAAUAUGCGUUCCGAGCCCGAGUGGCACGUGAGAGUCAGGAAAGCGCCUUCCGCGUCUAUGAAGUGACAAUCCUGGAGCCCUUGUACUUCACCGCAGACAGUGGGAUUGCCACUGAUGCAACACGGCGCUUCGUGGUGCGUGCAGCGUGUCGGACACGCUUGGCCACAGGCCGCGAGUACCUCUUGAUGGGCCGUGAUGGAGAAACCCGUGACUCCGAAGGCCGCCCCCAGUACCUACUGGAUAAGGACUCCUGGGUGGAGGAGCUUCCUCCCCCCAAAAUCUGUGGAGCCACCAGGAAUCGCAAUGCUUGCUCUCAGCUCCAAAGCUUCAUGUCCUCCUUUGCUGAGAAUGGCUGUCGCGUCUGAGCCAGAAAACAGGAUCCCUCCAGCCCUCUUUCAUAUCAAUGCACCCAAAACGCUGACUCUUUAGAGGGAUGAGAGAUCACUACACAAUAAUCUACUUUUUAUUCCCUCUAUCAAUUGCCAUUUCAGGCUUCAUGAUCAAAGCACACAUAGUUAACAAGACCCAUCAUCCUCCAGAACUGCCCUCAGAGCACACUGCAACUAAUCCUGCUGCCAUUGUUUUUUUUAUUAACAUUUUACAUUUUUUAAACCCUUCUUGCCUUUUGCACUAGCAGUCAUGACUUGCAAGUUGUUUGCACUAUUUUAAACUACUGUUUACUCAAUAAAAAAAUUGUAUCCUUUA